CGACGAUUCUGAUAAGGAAUGUCAUUUAAACAGAUCAUGAAACGUUAGACUCCCGAUAUCUCCUUAAUGGCAGCGAUUUGAGGUACAUACGUUCUAAUCGAGUAUCUAUAUAUAUAUAAGAUCUCCUGCAAGAAGUACUAUACUAACAAACCCUGCAACUGCAAUGGCUGAAAGACCCAUGCGUCACUGUUUAUUUCUUCUAGCUUCACUACUGCUCAGCACGGUGGCUACUAGCAACGCCACAACAGUGGUGAAGAACCUAGACCUAAAGAGGUACAUGGGUAGAUGGUAUGAGAUAGCGCGUUUCCCUACAUUCUUUGAGAAGAGUAAUGCUGUGGACACAAGGGCCACGUACACACUCAAUGAUAAUGGAACCGUUCAUGUUCUCAAUGAAGAUUUUGUUGAUGGCAAGAGGAGUUAUGUUGAAGGAAUUGCAUACAAGGCUGAUCCCAAAAGCGAUGAAGCCAAGCUUAAGGUCAAGUUCUAUGUGCCUCCCUCUGUUCCCAUAUUCCCUGUUAUUGGCGAUUAUUGGGUUCUCUAUAUCGAUCAGGAUUAUCAGAAUGCUGUCGUUGGUGGACCAACUAAGAUAUUUCUUUGGAUAUUAUCAAGGAAGAGCCAUAUAGAUGAUGCAACGUACAAGGAGCUCGUCGAGAAAGCAAAGAAUGAGGGUUAUGACGUGAGCAAACUCCGUAAGACUCCACAGAGUGAGAAACCACCACCAGCAGCGGAAGAAGGCGUUUAAUUUGGAUGCUCAAGUAUUAUGUUGUAUGAUCAUGUUCAAGAACAAGUAACUAUUCCAUGUGUUAAAUAUAUUUAUGUUAUGAAUAAAAGGGGUCAAUGCAAGAACUCUAGCUGAAAGGUGUUGAGUUGAAGUUUAUUAUUGUACUUUAAUUUGGUUGUCUAGUCUUAUUGUAAUAUUGUCUUAGUGAGAAUCCAAUACUUAGAUAUUUCACACCAA